AUUGUAGUGCUGCCCCCAUAAGCCUUCGCCGCCCAUAGCCUCGCCCUUCUCGCUGAGAAAAUAUGGUUCAAGAGAAUACUGGAGGAAAAGUCGAGCAUAUCCCCCUGGCAAAAUGCCGGGUUCUCUAUUUAGGAUCCGCUGUACCAACGGAAACUUCCGAAGGUCUCGAUGCCAUUCAACAACCUUUAAGAGAAAGAUAUCCAAUUGAGAAAGAAGGAGAUGUACCUGGCAUCGAUGCUUGGUUAACAGUGUUUUCAACGGGACUUCAACUUCAAUACGUCGAUGAAAGAUCCAGAGUAGUUUGGUUUCCAAUCCAAACUUUACAUUUAUGUGCUGCAGUUAAAGCUUUGGUUAUUGUAAAUGGAGCUACAGGAGAAAAACAAGCCAAAUUUGUGUCUCUGGACGCUCCGGGGGUAGCAAGUAGAACACACCCUCCCAUCUUUUGCGCUGUUAUGAGAAGGAAUCUCGGAAGAAAAGUUUUGGAGUGUCACGUAUUUGUCACAAAAUCCGAAUCAGGUGCCGUGGCCCUUGUUCAAUCAUGUACAAGGGGAUACUCCCAAAAAGAAGGUUGGUCGAAUGAGCCUCCGCCCGCUGAUGUUGUAGCCAGUGAGCUGACCGCACCCAUGCAGACUGUCAGCUUAGUUCCGGCUGAGCCUGUUAAGGAACUAGCUCCACCUGAGUUUUACGCAAGACCUCCUCUUCAAGGAUACUUUUACGCUACUUCGGAACACCUUGUUAAAAAGUACAAUCUUUUUGACAUGCAACCACUACGAAUGAAUUAUCCAGGUCCUCCCAUGUCUUUGCCACCAACCAGGCCAAGACCUGUUAUAGGUGGUCCUCGACCAAUGCCUCCUGCUUCUAUUGGUCCUCAUGGCCAUCAUUAUGGUCCCCCUGGGCCUAAUUUUGGUCCUCCUGGGCCCCCUUUUGGCCCACGUGGUCCAAUGGGACCACUAAGACCAGGAUUUGGCCGUCCGCCUCCACCAAAUUCUUAUAGGCCCACUUUUAAGAAGGAAGACAUCAAGAGAAAGUCAAGAGGCCGCUCCCGUAAGGAGAAGCAUUAUAAGCAUGGCUUUAAAAAACAUCGUAGCGCCUCAAGAUCACCGGAAAAGGCUAGAAGUCCACCACCGAAAAAAGAUGGCAGAAUGAAAAGUCCUCCGCCAGCAUAUAAUAGAAGACCACCAUACCAUCACGAUGAGCGCAGAUUUUCAGAUGAUUCCGAUGAAUACGAAGAUGACUACUAUUCAGAUUAUGACAACUAUGAAAGUAAUCAGCGAAGAUAUUCGCCGAGAAGAGGAGGACAAUACAAUUCACCAUCAAGGAGUCCCUCUCCCAGAAGAAGUCCGUCACCAAGGAAUAGACAAAGGACAAAGAGUCCGCCAGGAAGAAGACCUAUGCCACUUCCAAGAGACAACGACAGAGCACAACGUAACCCACCGAGACGCCAACCUAGUCCAAGGCGCCCUGCACCUAAUACACAAGGAGAUUCUGAAUUUUUACGAGGUGGACCAAAAUCAUUUGAUGACAUAGGUAUAAUAAAUACUGGUGAAGUUCAAUUUAAAAAAAAUGAGAGACAAAGACCGCCAUAUUUGGAUGACAUUGAGCCUGAUUAUCCUACUAGACAGAAAUUUCCUAACAGCAGGAAAUACUUUAUGGAUUCUAUAAGAGCUCAAAAUAAAGUUGGAGCUUUCCCGAACGUUGAUCCUUACGAGAUGAACCUAGAAAAUAUUAUUUCAGUUGAUGCAAAUCAAUUUGAGGAUCAAAAUGGACAUAUGAGAAAUUCAGGACAAGGAGGAGCCUUUGACGGGGGGCUCGACUAUUAAUAUUUUAAGUUUUUUGCGAGUGUAGAUAAGUUAUCGUCUUACUUAUCGUCUUAAACAAGAGGGUUUUUCAAUAUGUAUACGUUUUAUAAAGAAAAGAUAUCUAUAUCUAUAUAUAUAUAUAUAUAUAUAUAAAUUUAUAUAUACAUACAUAUAUAUUUUUAUAAAAUUAUGAUAAGUAUCGUUUGUCUUUAAAAAUACUUUUUAACUAAAAGAUUCGAGUCCUAAUUUGGUGGUUGGUAUUUUAUUUAAACGGGGAUUCUAUAAGAUGCAGAAAUGACAGGCUAACAAUAAAAAAAAAGGCAAAAAAAAAGACAACUAUAAAAAUGUAAGGAUUUCAUAUACUAACACUCAUUUAGUAAUAUGAUAUGUCACUUAUUUAAUAAUAUAUUCUACCUCUUUCUCAUUUUUCUUUGUUACUUAACAGAUUGUAACCUUGGUGUAGUCUAUCUAUAUUUCCAUAUACAAAUAAUAAUAAUCUAUAAAAUACAUAAGAGCACCUAGAACUGUAUGAUAAUGUUUAUGGAUACGUGGCAUAGUUAUAUAUCCGUCAAAUAUGAUAUUAUAUGAUACUAUAUAUGAUAUUAUUGUAUCUUCUGACAAACGAUAAUUUAAGAAAAAGGAAAAAAAUUUUCAUUUACAAAAGUAGUUAUUUAAUUGGAAGUAAUCAAUCUCUUUGAUUGUACAAUUUUUAUAUCUAUUCCUGUGACCUUUGACCUUUUUG